AUGAACAUUGAAGAGAUUUUACCUGAAUUAUUUGGAGAAAAACGUGUAUACUAUUGUCAACGUUGCUUAAAUCAUGGCUUAGAAAUAAAGCGUAAAAAUCAUAAAUCAGAAUGUAUUUAUCGAUUUUGCACAUGUAAUGAUUGUCAGAUGGUUGACAAACGACGUGAGCUGAACUCACGAUUGUUACAAAUUGAAAGUAUUUCGUCACCACCACCUCCACCACCACCACCACCACCACCACCACCACUACCCCUACCACCACUACCGCUAGUACCAUCAUCAUCAUCAUCGUCAUCAACAUCAUUGUCUACUUUAUCAUCGUCAUCAUCAUUAUCAUUAUCAUCAUCAACGUCAUCAUCAUCUUCAUCAUUAUCAUCGUUAUCACAACCGCCACCAAAUAGUAAUGUUUUGACGACAACUGUUCCUCUUCUACCGGAUAUGAGCAUGUUUUCUCCGAUACCAGAACAAGCUAUAUCACCACCCGCUAUGAAGGGAAAAGAAAGGCGACCAAAUUGUCAGCGUUGUGCCCAACAUUCAGUGUUAGCUCGACUAAAGGGACAUAAGCGUUGUUGCCCAUUUCGAAAUUGUCCAUGUGCUAAAUGUCAAGUUGUUCAAGAACGACAAAAAUUGAUGGCUGAUCAGAUAAAAUUGAGAAGGCGACAAAAGAAACAAAAAAAUUUGGAUGCAUUAAGUGAUAGUGACAAUUUACGAAGUAUUAUGAGCUUUUCCGAACAACAAUGCGCAUUAUUUAGUGGUUGCUUGAAAUGUGCCCAACAAGUAUUGGCCUACCAGCAAAUUUUAACAUUCAUCGAUCCAACUGCAACUCUUCAGCCAUCCACAUUUUCAGCUAUUCUUGCAGCUUGUCCGCAUAAUAACCAUAAAAAUGAUGAUGACGAUAGUAAUAAUAACAAUAACAAUAAUAAUAAUAAUAAUAGUCAUGACCAUAAUAAUAAUAAUAAUAGUAAUAAUAGUGAUAACUAA